AGGCAGCAGGAAGCCCCUCGGCUUGGCAAUGAGUGCGAGCGGAGCACAAACGCGAAACGAAACCUCACUCUUUUAUCUGAUAGCGGACUGAAUUUAUUUUCUCCCGAGGUUUGUGGCAGUUUUAGACAUCUUUUGAAAAUGUACGACCGUCUGGAUCCCCGGGUCGAGCGAAGACUAUUAUCAAAGCGCCAAACGGGCAGCAGCGCUGCCUGACCGCCCGCUCGCUGUCGGUCUGAAUCGGAUCAAGCGUCUUUUGGGGGCAUUUUUUGCAUUUGAAUCCUUCCUGCGCCACUGAAAGGAUCACCCGGGACAGAGAGUUGCCGAUUUGCACAGUUAAAUGUAAAGAGAAAAGCUUGGGGAGCUUUCUGAAAGCCUUUUUUUUUUCCUCCGGAGGGGACUACGAGCCGCGACGGUGACCGUUGGUGGGGGUUUGCCGCCGUUUGUUUUCUUGAGCGCGUGUGGAAGAUGGAGACGCACAUCUCGUGUCUCUUCCCGGAGAUUUUAGCCAUGAUUUUCAGCUACUUGGACGUGAGGGACACAGGGAGGGUGGCCCAAGUGUGCACAGCGUGGAGGGACGCGUCCUACCACAAGUCCGUGUGGAGGGGGGUGGAAGCCAAGCUGCAUCUGAGGCGGGCGAACCCGUCUCUGUUCCCCAGCCUCCAGGCGCGAGGCAUCCGGCGCGUGCAGAUCCUCAGCCUGCGGCGCAGCCUCAGCUACGUGAUCCAGGGGAUGCCCAACAUCGAGAGCUUGAAUCUGAGCGGCUGCUAUAACUUAACGGAUAACGGCCUGGGGCACGCGUUCGUGCAAGAGAUCCCUUCCCUGAGGGUGCUCAAUCUGAGCCUUUGCAAGCAGAUCACGGAUUCGAGUUUGGGCAGAAUAGCGCAGUAUCUCAAAAACUUGGAGGUGCUUGAACUGGGCGGCUGCAGUAAUAUCACGAACACGGGCUUGUUGCUCAUCGCGUGGGGUUUGCACAGACUCAAAAGUCUUAAUCUGCGGAGCUGCCGGCAUGUGUCGGACGUGGGCAUCGGACACCUAGCCGGCAUGACCCGGAGCGCGGCGGAGGGCUGCCUCAGCCUGGAAUACCUGACCUUGCAGGACUGCCAGAAGUUGACAGACUUGUCCUUAAAGCACAUUUCAAAAGGCCUGACCAAGCUGAAAGUGCUCAACCUGAGUUUCUGCGGUGGCAUCUCGGACGCUGGCAUGAUCCACCUCUCUCACAUGACGAGCCUGUGGAGCCUUAAUCUGCGUUCGUGCGACAACAUCAGCGACACGGGCAUCAUGCACCUCGCCAUGGGCACGCUGAGACUCUCCGGACUCGACGUGUCGUUUUGCGACAAGAUAGGCGACCAGAGCCUGGCUUAUAUCGCGCAGGGCCUGUACCAGCUCAAGUCGCUGUCGCUGUGCUCGUGCCACAUCAGCGACGAUGGCAUCAACAGGAUGGUGCGCCAAAUGCACGAGCUGAGGACGCUGAACAUCGGCCAGUGCGUGCGGAUUACAGACAAAGGACUGGAGCUGAUCGCAGACCACUUGACGCAACUGACCGGCAUCGAUCUGUAUGGAUGUACGAAAAUCACUAAGAGGGGACUGGAGAGGAUCACGCAGCUCCCCUGCCUUAAAGUUUUGAACCUGGGCCUUUGGCAGAUGACUGAAAGUGAGAAAGUGAGGUGAAACUUGGGGGGUUUCUGGAGGGAGGAGGGAGGGAGGGACGGACGGAGGAGAAGGAGGGCGGGAGGGGGAUGGGUGGAUUUCAAUAGAGCAAAGUACAUAAAAAGAGGCUUAAAAAUGCUGAAUGUGAUACAUGUGUCAGUUAUUGCUAUUAACACACACACACAAAAAGUUGUUUUUGUUAACAAGUCGCAAUAUUAAACCUCCCCCUCCCCGACUAUCGCGAUAUUUUGGCUACCUCGUUAGAUGUAUUAUAUUGUUAUUCUUAAAAAGAAUGAGAAUUUGUGCCUAGAAAAACAAUCCCCUCCCCCUUUAUCUCGUCUUUGGCUUAAGGAAAGCUAAAAGACUGAAAGAAAGGAUGGAUUCAGACUACCUUUUUAUUUCCCUUCCUUCAUAUAGCCAACAAAAGGACUUUCAAACAAGUCUAUGGGUAGUUGACAUCACAUUUCAAGCAGAUGUGCCAGUUGUUCACCUUAAGACGUUUUAAUUCUUCAUUAUUAAACAUGCCAUUUCUUUGUGAUCCUAAAUUAGCCAAGAGACUACAUGCAACACUUGUACUUGCAUUAAAAAGCAUCACAUGACCAUUAAAAGUGAAGUAGAUUUAAAAAAAAAGAGGACUAAAAUCUCGAAUGAAGAAAAAGUUCAUGAACAUUUGUCAACUACCCUUAUGCAAAUACUGGGUUUGUACACUAAAGCUUUUAUAUUUCCAAUCUCUUAGUUUGUGCUCAAUUUUACAGGCCUGAAAGCCUAUAAUUCCUGCUUUGAAUAAGAGGUUCCCUCUGCUGAUGUAUUUAUGCUUAUGUAAGCAGAUAUUAAUUAAUGGCUGUUAUUCAGAGCGUUGUACUUCAAAUUGAAGUGAAUUUUGUCCCUAAUAAGAAAACAACAACAACAACAACCCUGUUUGCAAUUCACUGACACCUUGUUUGCCUCUUCACAGGGCUGAAACAGGGCGCAUCGUGUUAUAAAACAAUCUGUCUGUUUUAAAUACAUGAAUAUUCAACUUUACAUAGAAGAGACAUGGUCAAAACGAGGGUAACACGCAAAAAAUGCAUGUCAGGCCUAUAUAUGUACCAUGAUGUAUCGACCUGCAACAUGUAUUGAGUCCUGCUGAGAAGCUACUGUGUUCUAAUGUACUGUAAAUGUAUUUGUAAAAAGAAUCCCAAAUUAAAAUGUUUUAUAUUCUUACAGUAAAAACAUUAAAGUUGAUAUUUAUAUAAAUAAAAGAGCCGAUUGAAUUUCA